AUGGCGGCUGAGCAAGCCCAGCAGAGUCAGCCGGCCCAACCAGCGCAGCCAGCUGAUCCAGCAGCUGAGAGUUUGGGCAGCAACGGCGGGACUGUGGCGGUCUCCGAGGCGCAGGUUGCUGCCAGUCGCUUUGAGCAAGCGGUUGUGGCGCAGGGCGUGUCCAUUGCUCCUGGCAUCCUUCGCCUUCGGUCCUUGCAGUCUGCCCCGCAAUUCUUCCAGGAAGAGUACAACACUGGCGAGCGAUUUACUUGGUGCUUCGCUGGCUUCGACUGCUUGAGGUCCAGCUUUUACCCUGAAGGCUUUGUGCUCCUGGAGGAAGACAUCCAGCUGGAGGCCGAAGAUGUGCUGGCACUGAUUCCUCCUCGUGCCCAUGUCCCGCAGCAGCUUUCGUUGAGCUGCUGCGUGCGCGAGCUUCUGGAGCAGUUCCACUUCGAGCACAGGCAGGGUAGCGAGGAGAAGCUGUUCCAUAUCCUCAUGCACCCCUUCACGCUCCAUGCUCUGGCUCGUGGGAACACCUUGAAGGUGUUUGUGACUUGGACUUGGAAGGCAGGCUGCUUCAGAGUCUUUGAGCCCAUGAGUCCACAGUCCAGCAGUCCUUGGCAGCAUGAAGGGGAUGAGGCCUGGGCGAAUUGGCCCCUUCCAGUCACAUCCGCUGGCGAAGUCGCAGACGUUGGACUGUAUGCCAGAGAUGUCGUCAAGUUCGGGCGCAAGUUCAUCAAGCUUGCAGGCUUGCGCCGCGCUGAGCCACGGGCUUUGCCUGGUCAGGCGCAUGCGAGCCAGCUGAGGUCGCUGGAAGAGAGGAACAUCAGCCUGCUGGAGAAGUGUUUUUUCACAGAGCGCUUCACAAAGGAGUACUUGGAGCAGCUGACCAGGUGUGGUGUGCGCUUGGGAGUUCAGCACACGAUGCUGCUGCGCACAGAGGAGCUACAGGUCAUUCGCCACCUGGACAAUGGGGUGCAGCAAUUUGUUUGCCAGUUGCCAGGGGAGCGCCCCACUCACACCCAGAGCCUGUGGGUUUCAGCGGAUGGGUACUUCUACGCGCUGUACAUCAUCCCGGCAGACGUUUCGCACAAGAGCUUCAAGACGCCCACGAUGUUCAUCAAGGCUGCAGGGUAA